CUUUUUUGUUUUCCAAAUUCUCAACAACACUGGCAACAUACAAUCCUCAAAAGUUAGCAAACACGACGACGUCGUUUGCGUCGCUGACGCUACGGCUGCCCCUGCUGCUCAGCGUUCUGUUCCCCGUGCAGCCGGCAGCACCAACGUCGUCGUCGUCACCCCAGCCAGCGCAUCGGCAUCGGAACACUCGGAGAGUCCGAGUAGCAACACCAACACCAGCAUCAUUCAGACUUCGGCAGCCAUACACAAACAUAACAGUAACGACGACGACAACAUCAACCUCACGCCCACUCCCACCCCCAUUCCCAGCAACAAGACCACCAAAGCCGCACAACCCACCACCUGCACAACAGCAGCAACAGCAACACCAGGUUCCGUAUCCAUCUCUACAGCAGCAGCAACAACUCAAGCAUCCGUCCCCUCCACCUGCCCCCCAUCAGCAGGAGCGACAACAACAAAAGCAUCCAAAAAUAAGAGAACCACAAGAUUUGCCACUGAAAAGCGAGACGCCAGCGACGAAAAUAACAUUACACCUCUGGAACCCAUUGUCGUCACCUGCUCACCCUCACCCACAGCCGCAACAACUGCCAGCAACAGCAACACCGCCGUCGUCGCCGCCGCCGCCGUCAUUGCCGCCUCCUCGGCCAGCACGAGUAAACGCUCGCCAACGUUUACAGCUGUUACAUCUCCCGGCCAGCAACAGAGCUCUGUUAGCCAUCAACAGAGCCAUAACACCCCCACAACAGAGGCUGUGUGUAUCCUCGGAGGCGGUGGCGGCGUAGGCCCACUUCCGAAAUCGGUCACUGCAUCGUAUCUGCGCUGUGCAACGUGUGACGACUUGAGGAGGCAGCAAUAUCCUCCCCGUUAUUCUCUGAGUGGUGCUGGUGGUGGCACGACCAGGGGUGGCAAGGCAUCAUCAUCAUCGUCGGCAUUUGCUGCAACCAACAACACGUCUACGUGCCGAGAGUGCGCUGUUGCUGCAGCUGCAGUGUCGACAUCAUCAUCGUCGGCUGCUGUCGCUGGCGCUGGUGCUGGUGCUGCUGCUUCCGGAGACUAUCAACAUCACCAAAAUAAUCGCCCUGUGUGCACGGACAAUAAUAUGAGGAGUGGCAGUUCGGAAUUACUACUCGAGCAGCAACAACAAGAGUUACGGUUACGUAAACUACGAGAACUGGCUCCGAAAAAGAAAAAUGGUAACCGGCGCUUUCGUUCGUGGCGCGAACGUGCCCGCUUUUACGCUACCUCCACACUCGCCUUCUUCUCGGUGACCGCCGGUGCCUCGCUACUGUUCCUCGUGCCCCUCUACGUCGAUCCGGCGAUAUCGACCCUCAGCCACGACUUCAUCGAGAAUCCCACGCUCUGCACCACAUCGCGCCGCGAAGAUCUCGUCGGCAUCUUCAACUGCUCGUGGAGCUCGUGCCGCGAGGGCUGCACCUCCGAUCUAUACAAGUGUGUUCAUAUCUAUGUGACGUUUAUCGAGGACAAUAUCACGAUACCCGAGAACAUGACCGACUACACGAACUACACGGCCGACUGGACGCAGUCGGACGAGGCGACGCUGCUCGUCAACAUCAAGGGCUGCGGCUAUCCGCCCACGGUGACGUGCAAAACGUUCAAUGCAUUUUACGGCGUCGAGGGCGCCAUCUAUCCAUGCUACUAUUCGCGCAAAAACAAAACGGUCGUUCUCACGUCGUACAGUCACGACGACCAGGUCCACGUGAUUGUCCACUUCUUCGCCGUGCCAUUUGUGAUAACACUGAUCUCAUCGAUAGCUUUGUGCAUCAUGCACUGUGACUGCCGCUGCAAAAAGGAUCGCAGCCAUCGGCGCAAUCGGCCGCAGUGCCGAAGGCCGCGAAUUGAUAAUUUAAGUGAUACUUCAAUAUCAACCCGUGUGGAUAUGCUGACGCCGGCCAUUGAAGUUUACAAACCCACCGCUCUGACAUAA